GUUUUAAAGGAGCAACUGAGCUGUUAAAGGAGAAACAAGUCACUCACUCACUUGAGGUAGUUCUUAAACACAGCUCUCCCACUCCCUUUUGAUUCCAGUGAGUGAACAUGGCGACUGCUUCCAGUUUUCUAUCCGAAGAACAGUUUCUGUGCUCCAUCUGUCUGGAUGUGUUCACAGAUCCGGUCACCAUACCAUGCGGACACAACUUCUGUAAGACGUGCAUCACAAAGCACUGGAACAUCAGCCGCCGGCAGCAGUGUCCGCUGUGUAAGGAGCAGUUUGAUCCCAGACCAGCUCUGCGGAUCAACACCUUCAUAUCCGAGAUGGCUUCUCACUUCAGGAAUGCAAGGAUCUUGUCAGGACAAGUAUCUCCCGGCUCAGGAGGGGUUCUGUGUGAUGUCUGCACUGAACCCAAGCAGAAAGCCUUUAAGUCCUGCCUGGAGUGUGCUACUGCCUAUUGCCAUACUCACCUGGAGUCACAUACGAGAAUUGCAGUGCUGAAGAGACAUAAAUUGAUCAAUCCAGUCAUGAAACUAGAGACCAUGAUGUGUGGGAAGCAUGAGAGGCCUCUGGAGCUGUUCUGCAAGACUGAUCGGAGGUGCGUGUGUCCAAGCUGUGCUACGUCCGACCACAAGAAGCAUCGGGUUGUUGCUCUGACCGAAGAGUGUAAAGAAAAGAAGAAAGAACUGGAGAAGACCAGAGUUUGUGUUGAGCAGAUGAUUCAGGAGAGAUUACUAAAGAUGGAGCAGUUUAAGCAGUCGGUGAAGCUCAGCAAGCAGAAUGCGGAGGAAGUGACAGAAGCUGUUGUGGAGGACUGUUCAGAUCUCAUCGAUUCUGCAAGAAAAAGUCUGGAUCAUUUCAUCGACGUGAUUGUACAGAAACAGAGAACAACAGAAGAACAGGCAGAAGGUUUCAUAAAAGAGCUGGAAGAGGAAAUCUCCAUGCUGAUGAAGAAAAGAGCUGAGCUGACACAGAUGUCGCAAAUCGAAGACCACUUCCAUCUGCUCCAAAACACCCCAACAAUGACAGUUACCGCCAAGGACUGGACCAAGGUCAGAGUCCAGUCCUCCUGCGAUGCGACGGUGAGGAUGGCUGCAGUUCAACUGGAGACGAUCAGAACAGAGAUGAAGAAGCUCUGCGCUCGCAUUGAACUUGCGAGAGUCCGGCUGUAUGGAGUGGACGUGACUCUGGAUCCAAAUACUGCAAACCCCUAUCUGGUGAUGUCCGACGAUGGGAAAACUGUACGAUGCAGUGAUGUUACACAGGUUCUCCCAGACAAGCCAGAGAGAUUGUCAGCCUUUGGAGUCUUGGGAAAGCAAAGUUUCUCCUCAGGGCGAUUUUACUACGAAGUUGAAGUUAAAGGGAAAACUAAAUGGGAAUUAGGAGUGGUCCGAGAGUCUAUCGACAGGAAGGGUGAGAAUGCCAUUUGCCCUGAAAACGGCUACUGGGCUGUAUGGUUAAGAAACGGCCAUUACAGAGCUCUUACCGGGCCCUCUAUGCCUCUGGUUUUGGUGUCUGACCCCCAGAAGGUGGGGGUUUUUGUGGAUUACGACGAGGGUCUAGUUUCCUUUUACGAUGCUGAGGCAGCACAUCUCAUUUUCUCCUUUACUAGCUGCAACUUUAGUGAGAAACUCUAUCCUUACUUCAGUCCCUGUCCGAGUGACGGUGGCAAAAACUCAGCCCCUCUGAUCAUUCCCACCAUUAGCCACACAUUAAACUGAUCGCCCAAAUGCAGUCACAUAUCGCUUUAAGAAAACAUUUUUGAUUUACUUAGGUUAUAUUUGAUGUAAAAAUUUAUUGAUCUGAGACAUUUACGUGAUAAAUGAAAAGCAAAAACAGAAGAAAUCUGUAAUAGGGAGAAGAGAGAGAAUAAACUGAACAGCUUUUGGCUGAACCUAAUUUCUAAUCAUUUUCUACAUCUUGUUCUACCCUUUGUUGGUAGUAUUACAGUCCAUUACUCCUCCUCCCUCCUCCAAACAGAGUAUGAACUGAUAUCAAAUGUUUAACUGUUAUCUGAGAGGUACAGAAAGGACAGCUCUGCUUUAACAACCUUUGUCAAUGUCCUUGGGUGGAGAACUGACAACAGGGACAGCUGGCUGAUGGAAACAAUAAUUUGAGGUAAACUAGUGAGGUCCAACCCCACUUUGAGCUGAAUACACCUGACCUAAUUCAAUAAUUCUAGAUAUUACUGGAGAUUUCUUGAGUACAUUUGAAAUGGUUUCAGAUUAUUUUUAAUCCCAAAUAAUACAAAAUGUUCCAGAGGUAUAUGAAAUGUGUAAACACAACGAUUUCUUUGUGAGACUUUAAAUAAAUGUGGAAUAUCAAUGUAUAGUGAUAGAUGAGUGAGUGAUUAUCAGCAGCUCGACUGAAAAGAUCAAGUCACUGAAGAAAGGAUCUCUGGUGCCCUCUGGUGGUGGUUUAGAUUUAUUAACAAAACCUAAUAGCAGUUGUGAAGACUAAACGAUUUAAAACCUUGUUAUGCCUUGAUAUUGGUGGCUGGCCAAUGCCAGGUAAGCUCUAAAGAAACAUGGACAUUUUAAGAAUUUCUUAUUUGAUUUUUGUUUUGUUUCAUCAGCAAAUUUGACAAAAACUGCAAGUUUUCACUUGACCAACGAUAGGACCACAUCUAAAUGAGUUUUUUUUAAUAUAUCAAAGGAUUAGGUAAUGGAAUAACAUAUUUGCCUCAACUUUAUUCACAUAAAAAAUUAAUCUGGGAAUAUCUUGGAUAGAUUUGGUAAUUCUGCAUUUUUAACAACAUUGACUGAAUCUACUAAACUAAACACACACACAACAGAAUGAAGUAUGUAAUUUGUUUUUAUUGUGUUACAUGUGACCAUAAACUUCAGAGAAGUUACAGUUUUCAUGGCGAUACAGUAAAUAUAUUCAAUUACUUGAAUAGGAAAAAGGUGUGUGAUGCGUGUGUGGGGAAGUGAGUCGCCCCGGUUCGGACAGUCCUGUGUGUCUAUUAAUGUGAAGUGAAAUAAAAACAAGCAUGUGCUUUUUGAAAAAUAAAACAAACAUUAAAUAAGACAAAAGAACAAUCACCUAAAACUAUGAGCAGAAAAACAAAUGUUCAACAUAAACCCACAUACAAAAGAGGAAUAAAUAAAACGAUAUUUCACAGACACUGCAACGAUGACGUACAGUAAAGAUGGCCGCUUCCCUCCACGUUUUGUGUGUUGAAGACAAGGGAAAGAGGGAGACGGGAAGGAAAACUGCACUCUUCCUCCUGUGGCAGGGGAUCGGCCUUUGGGAAUCUACGGGUAGCAGGUGUCUACCUGUGGAGUCAGACUUCAUAUGGCACCGUCCACACUACAACUCUACAGUAAACCCAACCACAGUCCAACUCCGAAAUCAGACUAUACCUUCUGUUGCACCCUGCCCACGCCACCUCCUUCAAGCUACCAUUUCAGCCCAUGUCUGACUUUAAAAGGCACUGGUACAUACUUAUUUCCAAACAUUCUACCAUCUCAGGCAAUGAGGACGCACGGGAAAAAACAAACACACAUACACUCGGGCCAGCCGGGUAACUUCCAGGGGUACAGCUGGCUUCUACGAAUGCUACCGGUCUCUGUUGUCCCGAAGCUUCCAUCGCUUAACAGUCUGCUGACGGCGGAGGCAAUCGGAUAUAUGUAAACGUCGACAAGGCUAACAUCAUAACAGGCGAAGACAUAAAUAAAAACACAGUAAAACAGUGCUGCUAAACUUACCAGGAUGUUCGUCAACUAGUAAAACUCAAACAGGAGAAGGAAAACGGUUUGUGCACACAGUGAGAGUGUCCGCGUGCCGCUCCGGAGGCGCCGUCGCCCACCCGGAUUAUUUACACAGUGACUCCAACCGACUUCUACUCCAACACACAACUUGGCUGCAAGUUUUUGUACAUUUGGAAUGCUCUUAACAUGGCGACGGUUAGAAAAAGGUCUACAAGUCUAUGCGCUCCGACGAGGAGCCUCAGAACAGAGUCUAUUCUAGGUUACAUAUUGAAACUUUGAGGCUCAAAUGCGCUGGAGGAAGUGACUGAUGCUCUUUAUCGGAUGUGCAGCGGAGCUGCUGCAGUCAGGCAGUGAAGUUCAAACAAAGUGUUGAGCUUUGAUUUGUCUACUUGGAACCUAUUUUUGCCACAUGCUUCUAUUUCACUAAUUCCCCACCAAUUAAGUUCACAUGUUAAACUGCUGCUGGUGCUUGCUUGGCAUUUGUUUUUAACUAAAGCUCCAGAAAAAUAAAUAAAUAAGUUGUUUUUGGCAAAGUUAUUAUUAGAGGUGCACUCAUGGACACCAGCAGUCGGAUAUUUUAUAUAAAAAAUUAUAUGGUGGAAAUAAUUGAUAUUAGAUUAUUGUCAUCAGCCUCAUCUUUAGCACAGAUCAUAUACCACUUAAAUUAGGACUUCAAUAUAUUAAUGGUACUUCCAACCAGAAGAAAAACUGUUGAUAACAUUACUUACAAACUAAAAGUGAAAGGGUUCUCAACUUCAGACUUAUAUCAACUUUUGCUUCCAAACAGGAAGGUCUCAAUCAAACCAAUGGUGUCGACUUUGCGUGCAGACACUACUUUCUGUGGUAAAUAUAGAUUUAUGAUUCAUUUUCUGUCAUCUCUAACAGCAUACAAUUAACCAAAUCGAAAUAUGGAAAAAAGUUAAAAUAGUGUCGACUUAAACCAACAAGAAGCAUCCUAACAUCAGCUUACCACGUUAAAACUGAUCAGCCUGCAUAUAAACAUUAGUUCCGUAACAUUCAGAUAAAUAUUUAGAAACAAAUAAUAAAAUCAUGAAGUUUUAAAUGAGUAACCAAUUAUAUCAGGACACCUGGUUGAAGAUAAUGAGACGAAUGAAGUGCUUUGACUCGAUUUUGUUGGAUUUUCUAUUGAGCCAGUUAAAAACCGGCUACAGCACCAAGACGUAGUUCAACACUAGAACCGGAUUGGUGGAAACAUUGUUAAUAAGAAUAAUAAUAAAUGGCACCCUUUCAAACUUAGAUGUGAGGUUUUUAUACUUAAGUUGUUAAAGAGAUGUUAAAAUAGUGAGCAUAAAAAACAAUCAUUCGUUCUCACUCUAAGCUUGAAGAAACUACCGAUACUACAAAAUUAGGCUUAAGAAGACAGAGUGCCGCUCUAAGAUUCUUUAUUACUAAUCUCAACCAGAAGGUCGGCUAGCUUAAAUUAGGACAGUAAAAGGGCAGUGGUCACUGGGGUGUUUUAAAAAGACUUCAAAUAUAUAUAUAUAUCUUUAUUUUUUUUUCUUGAUUAGAGCAUCAGUCUGUCUCAAUGCUGAGUCGAUACCAAAGUGAAUGUCCCACAUUUCCAGUGCAUUUGUGCCGUAAGACAAAAAUGGUCUCCAAAGGGUUAAAGUUCGCUACUUACAAUAUACACAUAGGAUGUGUCAAAUGUGAUCUAUUUUCUUUUUUUUUUCUCUAAACAACGACUUUGUAUGUAAAAAGCGGAGUUCUAUAGCUUCUGUUCCUUUUGUCCCUUGUGUUAUUCUCACUGUCUUAUAUUUCCAGAUGUGGAAUCGAGGGUGAAUAUAAGAGGAUCUGAUCAUACAAAAAUAAAAGUUGCACAUUAGACCACUCUGUUUUUCUUUCCCUUUUUUUUAUCACGUUGGUUUGUUUUCUGUUCUGAACAGGCUUCAGUUAAACACAAGAUGAAACAGGAAAACAAAAAAGAAGCACUAAAAUUAAAGGGAUCUCAUGUGAAUGUGUUACAAUCUGACCUGUGGUCCUUGUUUUUGUGUUAGAAGCUUCUUUGUCGUUUGAGGUGAAAUGUGAAACAUCAGAGUACCAUCACUCCGUUUAAAAAAAAAA